GAGAGCUACACAGAAAUUUGGGAGAGCUACAUAGAAAUUUAAAAUAUUAUGGCUUCGAUUCAAGCUUAGGGUUUCUUUUACCGUGUGUGGUUGGGAGAGCUACACAGAAAUUUUCUCGGGGCUGAGAAAGUCCCAGAAAAUGGCGAGAAACAACGCACAGGGCGAGAAACAACACUCCGGCGCUUCAACCGCCUCCACCUCCGCCUCCGGCUCCGCCUCCGCCAUUAUCAGAGUUAGAUCCAGACCCGAUCCUUUCUUGGUCGUUUGUCGAUGCUUCAGCAUCGUAACCUCUGCGGCUGCCAUUCUCUGCAUCUCUGUCAACAUUCUCUCUGCCAUUCGUUCCUUCAAAGAUGGAUCUGAUAUAUUUGAUGGUAUAUUUCGGUGCUAUGCGGUUGUGAUUGCAAUGUUCGUGGUCGUUGCCGAGACAGAAUGGGGAUUCAUCAUCAAGUUCUGGAAGGUUUACUUUCCAAUUUUGGAUUUUAAUUUGUUCUACGAAAUUUGAAUGUCCA